CAGACACACCUGAGAGCGAAGAGGGUUUGAAGUGACAAAGGGAAACGAGAGCAGCUUCGGUACAAAGAGGGAAAUUAAGGUAAACCGGUGGAUAAUCUGACUCUGCGGGCGACAACAGUGGAGUAGUCUAGUAGGGGAGUCCUCAAAAGGUUUUUUUUUUUGGUCAAAGUUUACAAAUAUCUUAUUAGUAGUUUCCGAAUUGGCAGUUUGAGAGCACGAGAUUCUACGUCAGAGACCAGUUUUCCACCUCCAGCUGUACUUCUUCGUUGAUGGCCUGGCUUGUCCCGAAGAUGCCCCCUUUCGCAAGCGCCCUGCUGUUGGUAUUCCUGCUGUCCCUCCGCUGUCCCCGUUGCUUGGGACAGCAGUGCUUCGACAAUUUCGAGAAGGGCGAGAAGGAUUUCGUCCUGGAUACGGAUGAUUCCGUGAAAGCGGGGGCCACCUUCAUCGCGUCACCCAGCAUCUCGAGCCCCGACGACUGCGUGCACGAGUGCUGCCGGGUCCCCAACUGCAACGUGGCCCUGAUCGAGAAGCACGAGGCAGGGGGCAGCUCGUGCUUCCUUUUCGACUGCCUCUACAAGCAGGAGUACGUGUGCAAGUUCAUGCGCAAGGUUGGCUUCAACACCUACAUCCUGAAGUCCGUCUAUGAGGCUAAUCUGAAGGGCUCCUCCACUACUCAUCCUGAUAAGCCUCCCAUCGCUAAGACCGGACAAGACCGUGUGGUGCAGUCACAGGAAGAACUAAUGCUGGAAGGGAAUGAAAGUUGGGAUGACCAUGGGAUUGAGAGCUACCACUGGAAACUUGUUUCUGGGAAUCCUUCAAUUGUCAUAGAUAAAACCAACUUGCCGGACCAAGUGAAGGUAUCCAAUCUCACCCCUGGAGUCUACAAAUUUGAGCUGACAGUUGUCGAUUCUAUAGGCCAGUCUAAUUCAGCAGUUGUCAAAAUCAUAGUUCUCACCCUGGAGCAGUCUCAGAACCACUGUCUGGUGCCCAAGAAAGUGGGCAUGUGUCGCGGCUCUUUCCCCCGCUGGCACUACAAUGCGGCCACAAACGGCUGUGAGCCGUUCACCUUCGGGGGCUGCAAGGGAAACAACAACAACUAUCUGACACAGGCGGAGUGCACCAAGGCCUGCCAGGGCAUGUCUGCCACUUCACCCUCGGGAAGGAUGGGAAUUGUUCUUGUGCCAACAGAGAUCUGUGGGAGCCCCUGCACCGCUGAUCAGUUCACUUGCGCCAACGGCUGCUGCUUGGACAAGGGUGGGGAGUGCGACAUGACUACUCAGUGCAGCGAUGGCUCCGACGAGCGGUCCUGCAACAACUUGGAUAAGCAGUUCAAAGUUCUUCUUCAAAUCCCUGUUAAUGAACAGAAAGUUCGCUGUACAGACCCCCCAAGAACAGGACCCUGUCGUGCCAGCUUUACCCACUGGUACUAUGACCCACUCUCCCGAAAGUGCUUAAGGUUCAACUAUGGCGGUUGUGAGGGGAAUGACAACCGGUUUGAAGUUGAGGAUGCCUGCAUGAACACCUGCAGAACUGUAACAUCGGAAGAUGUCUUUGCAAGGGGAGCUUUUGAAUACCAGGAAUCUCAGCACAGCCAGUCAGGUACCAUAGCCAUUGCGGUACUGCUGGGCGUGGCCAUCCUCAUCAUGCUGGCCAUCCUGGGGUACUGUUUCUUGAAGGGCCGGAAGGACCAGUCACGACCCCAGCGUGUGGCUGCCAAUGGAGGCCAUACCUUUCCUGUGGAAGACACGGAACGCUUGGUCUACAACAGCACCACCAAGCCCAUCUGAGCUGGCACUGCCCCCUGCUGACACAGGCCUGACAUUGCAGCAAACUAUACCUUCAGAAAGUGAGAGACUUGUGCAUGUUCACAGACAAAUACAAACAAGAUGCAUGUGUCACCUUUGUGUCUGCUUAAAAACACAUAGGGUAGGGAGGCUUUUGUGUCACACAUACUUAUAUUUGGACCCUUCAGAGCUGAAGCUGCCUCUCUAUUCCUUGAUCAUGGAGAAAGGUAGCAGCAGGACUUCCACAUGCAAAGAAACAUGAAGCUUUUUUUCUCCCAGACUUUUCUGAUUUCUAGCCUCUACAUUUAGCACAGAAGCCUUACUAUUAGGCUGCAAGUGGCUCAGGGUAAUCUCUUCUCGGGGGUGAAAUAGUCUGAGUAAAAACCCUCAGGUGGUUCUGUCCUUCCUUGUCUGACCAGCAGACUUUAGAAUCUGAAUGCAAAACAUUUCCAUUUGAAAAUCUAGACCUACCAGUUUUUUAAUCCCUUUUAUUGUUUUCUUUAGCCAUUUAUGAUUUUAUUAAACAUUUUACAACAUGUUGCUUGGACAUUAAUUUUCCAAAAAUUCACUUGUCAUUAGUCAACUGUAAUUGGGUUUGUUUACUGCAAAACAGGCUUUCUUAAUCACUAGUUAUUCAUAGUGAGUGGAAGACAGAACAUGGGAAUGGCCUUUGGUGGUUAUUUAUACAGUGUUUAGAAAAAUGACGGUACUUUUAUGCCAAGUUGCUGCAAACCAGGAUUUUAUCAAUACGUUUUGUAUAUAGUUUUUAUACCUUUGUUCAGAAAUUGUCAUAUAUAUAUAUUUCAGAGUGAUAAAUAAAAAGCCUGAGUACAAUGUUUUUUCUGGUUUUAACUUUACUGAGAUUGUUUGCAUUAACUUUUAAAGUGAAAGAUUAAAGACAAUCUACUGCA